CCGCAAUCGCUCCUCCGCACCGCAGCAACGCAACAGCUCAGCUCCCACUCCACCACCACCUCACCUCCAGCACCCACAGCCAUCUUCCCCCUCACCGUCUGCACCACCAGACCACCUCAUGCGUGCCCGCCCCUCAACGUCUUAAAACCCCGCCACCAUGUCCAAAUCAACCAAAUACCUCCUCGUCUCGCUCCCCACGUCCAUCACCCCCUCCCACCACCGCGACGACGCCCUUGACGCCAUCUCCACCACCGUCUCAUCCGAGAAUGGCUCCGUCGCGCCCUUCCCCAUCCCGGAAUUCAAGAUCGGUACUCUCGAUGCCCUCGUCCAGCAGGCCGACGAACUGGCUAAGCUCGAGACCGCUUGCCAGGGGGUGGUGGCCAAGGUGGGCGAUGCGCUGAAGAAUAUCCUGGAGGGCGAUGAAGCGCAGAUUGAUAAGAUGAAGGCUGUGAAUGAUAAGCCGGUGGAUCAGUACCUUCGCACGUUUUCGUGGAAUAAGGUCAAGUAUCGGGCUGAUAAGCCGUUGGCGGAAUUGAUUGAUUCGUUGCAGAAGGAAGCGGCGAGUAUCGACAAUGAUAUCCGCACGAAAUAUACCCAGUACAAUCAGGUUAAGAAUACGUUGGCGACGUUGCAGCGGAAGCAGACGGGCAAUCUGUCUACUAAAUCCCUCGCCUCGGUGGUCGACCCUCGCACUAUCGUCCAAGACUCCGAAUACAUCGAGACGCACCUCGUUGCGGUGCCCGCCCAGCAGGUCAAGGAAUUCCUGAAGCUGUACGAGACGGUGGCUCCCAUGGUGGUGCCGCGGUCGGCGACCCUGGUGGCCUCGGACAACGACUUUACGCUGUACGCGGUCACGACGUUCAAGAAGCACAGCCUGGAGUUUGUGCACAAGUGUCGUGAGAACAAGUGGAUUCCGCGCGAUUUCAAGUACGUCGAGGGCGGCAAGGAGCAGGAGCGCAAGGAGGUCGAGCGGGUGGGCGGCGACGAGCGCAAGCUCUGGGGGGAGACGCUCCGGCUGGGACGGACGGCGUGGAGCGAGGCCGUGAUGGUCUGGAUCCAUGUGUAUGUGCUGCGGGUGUUUGUGGAGACGGUGCUGCGGUAUGGAUUGCCGUUGGACUUUGUGUGCACGUUGAUCCGGACUCCCGGGACGAAGCAGGCCGACAAGGCGAAGCGCAACCUGGACGACAAGUACUCGUAUCUGGCGGGUAAUGCGUUUGGGCGCGACAAGAAGGGGCGGGUGAAGCGCGACGACCCGGGCGAGAUGCAUGGCGAGGGCGGCGCCGAGUACACGGCGUAUGUGUAUUAUGAAUUCGAGUUCAACUAAGGUACCCGCUUUGGUUUGCUGGUUAUUCUCCUGUCUGUUGAUAUGUCUAGCGUCGUACAUAGAUACUUGUCUCCAUCUACACCUGAACCAAUCGUA